AAAAAAAAAAAGAAAAAAGAAAAUGGAUCAAAUGCUGCCUAGUCCUGGAUUUAGUAUACCAAGUAUAGGUACUCCUUUACACCAACCAGAGGAGGAUCAACAAAUUUUGCCUAAUGCACUACAACAGCAGCAACAACAACAAUCACAGCAACAACAGUCGCAACAAUAUCAAUUGCAACAAUUACAUACUAUGAGUCCAAAUAUGCAAAGUGGAAUGCUUAUGAUUGGAACGCCACAAAAAACUAUGCAUGCCUAUGCAACACCACCUUCUUUUGCAACUCCACAAAGUCUUAUGCAACCACAAACACCACAAAAUAUGAUGUCUCCACUAGUACAAAAUACUAAUCAUAUAGCUCCUCCAUCCAUAGGACCAUCUACUCCUGGUCCUAUGACACCUAUGACACCAGCUUCUGCAGAUCCAGGAAUAUUACCGCAACUUCAGAAUAUUGUUUCUACAGUUAACUUAAACUGUAAGUUAGAUUUAAAGAAAAUAGCUCUUCAUGCCAGGAAUGCGGAAUAUAAUCCAAAAAGAUUUGCUGCAGUUAUCAUGAGGAUAAGGGAACCUAGAACUACUGCUUUAAUAUUCAGUAGUGGAAAAAUGGUUUGCACCGGAGCAAAAAGCGAAGAAGAUUCUCGAUUGGCUGCAAGAAAGUAUGCCAGGAUUAUUCAAAAACUUGGCUUUCCCGCAAAAUUUCUCGACUUCAAAAUACAAAAUAUGGUAGGCAGCUGUGAUGUGAAAUUUCCAAUUAGAUUGGAAGGAUUAGUACUUACACAUGGGCAGUUCUCUUCAUAUGAACCAGAACUCUUUCCUGGAUUGAUAUAUCGUAUGGUUAAACCUAGAAUAGUUUUACUCAUAUUUGUUUCGGGAAAAGUGGUUCUAACAGGUUAGUAAUUAUUGUACAUUUAUAAAUUUUGUAUAUUUGGUGAUUAAUUUUAUAAAUUAUCAUUUGAAUAGGAGCAAAAGUUAGGCAGGAGAUCUACGAAGCAUUUGACAAUAUCUAUCCCAUUUUAAAGAGUUUUAAAAAGCAAUGAAUUUAUUUUUUUUUUUUUAAAUAGUUAAGGUAUUGAUAAAGGAGGAAUUGAUAAAGGAGGAAUUGAUAAAGGAGGAAUUGAUAAAGAGGUAAGAUUUUAAAAACUAAGGUUUUUAUCUUAAAAAACUAGUGAAAUAAACCUUUUGUAUUUCUACGAUGUUAAAAAAUUUUCUUAAAAAUUAAAUAUAGAAUGAAAUAUACAGUUAAA